AUGAGCCGGGAUUUCUUUGCCUUUUUAUGUAACGAAGUCAUAUCCAUUGCAAAAACUGAUACAACGUAUAGGAAAUGCACCCCUUUAGACAAACGUGUCGCGAUUGCUUUAUAUGCGCUUGGUUUUUCAACUGAAUACAAGACGAUCGGCAGACUGUUCGGAGUAUCAAAAGGAAGCGUAUGCAAUAUUUUACAGGAUUUUUGUUCAUCGGUCUGGGAUAAGCUCGCUCUUAAGUACUUACCCAGCACAUUUCUUACCCAAGAGAAAAUCGAAGAAUGUGUUAAGGGAUUUGAGAAAAUUGGAUUUCCACAAUGUUUGUGUGCUGUCGAUGGAUGCCAUAUUGAAAUAAGACCUUCAGCCAGUGAUGCUGUAGACUAUUAUAACUGUAAGGGUUGGUACUCAAUGGAUUUACUAGCCUAA